AGGAGGAGGAGGAGAAGGAGGAGGAGACAAAGGCCCAGGAGCAAAGCUUAUUCUUCCCGAGUGAAAGCUGCCCUACGCUGAGCCAGACGCUGACGCCUCUCGCCCAUCACACUUCCUCUACAGGUUUCACAGGCCAUGGAAAAUUCCCCAACUGCAGCCAACAAUGAAAAAUGUGAUGACGCCAAGUUACAAGCAGACCGAGUGGUACCUGAGGAAGAAUGGCUUCAGAAAUGGGAAACAAAAAACAUCGGGUUUCAUAAUGAAGAAGGACACUGCUCUUUCAAGAAAUACCUGGAUCUCCUUCUGAAUGGCAGGAAUGGACUGAAAAUAUUUUUUCCACUUUGUGGCAAAACCAUUGAAAUGAAAUGGUUGUCUGACCUCGGUCACCAUGUCAUAGGUGUGGAAAUUAGUGAAAGUGCACUGAAAGAGUUUUUCGCUGAACAAAACCUUUCCUUUACAGAAGAAACAGUUGCAGAAAUCCCGGGUGCUAAAUUGUUUAAGAGCACAACUGGAAAUAUUUCUUUGUACUGUUGCAGUAUAUAUGAUUUGACCAGCACAGUCACUGGCAAGUUUGAUGGGAUUUGGGACAGGGGCUCUCUAGUGGCUGUUAACCCUUCCGAAAGAGAAAGGUAUGCCCAGUUAAUCUUAUCUCUGAUGAACAAGAAGUGUAGUUGUCUUCUAGUUACUUGUGAAUAUGAUCCAAGAAAACAUAAAGGUCCACCAUUCUAUGUUCCUGAUUCUGAGGUGAAAACUUUAUACGGCAAAUACUGUGAUAUUAAGUUUCUAGAAAAAAUCGACAGUUUAUCAAAUCGACCAAAGAAGUGGGGAUUAGAUUAUUUCUUUGAGGUACUGCAUGUGGUCACUUUAAAAUAGUCAAGAUAAUAUCAGAAUUGUUAAAGAAUCUCAGGGAAUGACAGCUUGAUUGCAAAACAACUGAAUGACAUUAACCUUCAGUAAAACACGCUUUGAUGUGAAUAUUGUGUGUGUUUUAAAUUGUAAUUUUUGCAGAUUUCAAUAAAAAUUAUUCUGAGUUUGCUUA